AAUCUCACGGUAAUUUCAGUUGCAGGUCACCAUGUAACUCUUGAACUAGAAGGAAGAGGAAUUUCCCCAGUUAUCAGAUGUUGAAUCCUCGAACGGUGGAAGAUGUUAUUCAGGAUUUUAAAGGUAGAAGAGCAGGGAUGAUCAAAGCUUUGACUAAGGAUGUCGAUGAAUUCUAUCGUUUGUGUGAUCCUAACAAUCCAAAUCUAUGUUUGUAUGCCUUCCCUAACCAACAAUGGGAGGUCAACUUACCACCUCCUUCUUCAGAACUUCCUGAGCCACGGUUAGGGAUCAACUUUGUUAGGGACAGCAUGACAAAACAUGAGUGGCUGUCUAUGGUAGCGUUGCACAGCGAUGCAUGGUUAUAUUCGAUAGCAUCCUAUUUCGCUACCAAGUUUAAAUUCGACAAGGCUGAUAGGAAACGCCUUUUUAAUAAGAUCACUGAAGUUUCUUCUAUAUGUGAGUUGGUUGUGGAUGGGAAGAAAGCUAGGAAAAGGCCCAAGACCGAAGCUGAUGGUUUGCCUGAAGACAUACUCGUUGAAGAAGUACUUGCAAAGCUGCCAGUACGCGACCUCCUCAAGUACAGGUCCGUAUCCAAGUUGUGGCGGUCUUUGAUCGAUGCUCCGGAUUUUGUUUAUACCCAUCUUCAAAAUUACAAGAACAAUUCCGAGGUAUGUCACUUGUUGGUUUUGUAUCGCCCUGCUAGGAGUUGGCUAAGAGAUGAACGAAUCUUGGUACGCCGUGGUGAUACCUUUAGAAAGGUCAUGGAACUUCAGUGUUUAUAUGAUCAUUUCGAAGGAGCUUAUGAAAUGAUCAGUUACAUAAAUGGGGUAUUUUUGGUAAAGAAGGGAAAAUCGAGGGGAUUUCGUGAAAUUAUAUUGUGGAACCCUUCCAUAAAUAGCACGCUUAGUCUUCCUAAUUCGAUGUUUGAAGCUAUGAAAGAGGCUACUUAUUUUGUUCUUGGUUUUGGGUAUGAUGCCUCUCGCAAUGAUUACAAGGUCAUAGCAAUAAUAUAUCCUCACGCCGAGAUCAAGUACUAUUUUGGGGAGCGCUAUCGUGCUACUUUCCCGGGCUUAGUACAAGUGUAUACACUUGGUACCAAUUCUUGGAGUAGCAACCUUGGUGUUAGUCCUCCACCUUAUUGGAGUGCUGGGCAACAAAUUUUUCUAAAUGGCGCGAUACAUUGGAUAAACUUCGGACCAAAUGUUACAAAUGAUGCUGAUUCGUGGUUCAAGGAUAAAGAUUCAUAUAUAGUUUCAUUUGAUGUUGAAAAUGAAGUGUUCAAGUAUUUUGAGCUACCUAAGGCCUUAAAAACUGAUGAACAACCGAAGGAGAAGUUUCCAACAGUGUUAGGGCGAUCACUUGCUGUAUUUUGUGCUCAUUAUCAACUCCGGAAUGAUAUAUGGGUGAUGGGAGAGUACGGUGUGUCGAAAUCAUGGAGUAAAUGUUACACAUUUACGUUGCAAUUCGAUAAGCUCAUGCAUUUCAAGACCAAUGGUGAAUUAUUGUUUGCUGUGGAUGGGAAAGGCAUAAAAUCAUACGAUGUUAGAAGAGAAAGGGUAAGAGAUCUUGCAAAAACUUACUCAAGGUCUUCAAGUUAUAUAGUUUUUAGUUAUGUGGAAAGUUUGGUGUUAUUUAAACAGGUUAAUAAGCGGCCAUUAGAGUCAACUAAGCCAUAGAAGCAUGAUAUACUAGAACUUCUAUUUCAUUUGAUGUUUAAUUGUUUAUCUAUGUUUUGGCUAGGAAAAUUAGAUUCUGAUUAUGGUCUUACAAUUUCAUAGUGAUUUUGUUUUCGGACAUAAUAAGUAGGCGGAGUAUUAUAUUUGGUUGUUGACAUUUUAGGUUUCUUACCUAACUCUUUCGGAUUUAGGUCUAUAAUGGGAUUGAAUCAUCAAUAAACAAGAUGUUUACAAUGAUUUCAUAGCAAAGUUCUUGCUUUGUGUUGUUUUCUUGUUUUUGCAACGGGAAACUUUGGUCCUUCUCUUUCUUUGAAUUCUAUUUCAACAUAUUAAAUUGAGGAAAAUUACCCAUGAAAAUGUCAUAUAUUACUUAUGUGUCGCCUCAGCUAAUUAGAUUUCAAUUUUCGAUUAAUUUAAGGAUCGCAAAAAAGGCCUUAAUGUGGUGCAACCAUAAUAUUGUAACCAAUUUGGACAUUUGGUCAUUUGGUCAUGUACGUAUAAGUGGGGUUUCCAUUGCCAUGUCUUCAUGCAUUUGGGUCCUUUAUGUACUACUUCAGUCAGAUUUUGGUGUUUUGGAAGUUUAUACUCGAUGAAAUCUCUUGCUAUUACUAGUAUGUUUCUGUAGUAACACUUUUACACCUCGUUUGCUACACAUCUAUGUGCAAUAGAAUUUCCCUCAUUCUACCACAGAUGGCAAUAUGAUCUCAAAUUCUCAAGUAUUUUAUU